AUGCUGCUCAGAGAUUUACGAGCCUGUGCUGAUCGUGGUCUCGAAGCCGCGCACGACAGCACUAGCUGCAGGAAAGCGAUGCAGGAGGAUUUUUCGAAAUACAGACAGCAGAAGAUUCUAGAAGCAGCACAAAGAAAAACGAGUCUAAAGAAGUGUCGCAGGGAUCUCUGCGACUAUAAUAUUUCGCUAGCAGCUUUGCUCACCGAAGACGAAAAGAGGUUCUAUACCAACCUUUUUCGUUCAUCAACUCCUGCGUCAAGCCCGAUCAUCUCCGCUGGUGGAGUUCCACCGCGGAUUCUCCCUUCGGAAGCACGCGUCGCUAUCAAGAGCAUAGAACCUGGCACAGCCUUCGGCCCUGAUUUUAUAUCAGCAGACUCUCUUCGGCUGGUGGCCAUCAACUUCAUGUAA